CAAUCUCUUUUUCUGGCGACAGGACAAUCAGGACUGCUUGUGGAUAUUUUUCGAAAUAUUUAAUAAUUGCACACUUUAUAUACAAAAAGUUUAAAGAUGCAGGACACCAACACAAACAAAGCAAAGAGAGCUGCAUCAGACAUGCCACCACCCAGUGCCACUAAAAAGCAUCGACUUGAUCAAUCCCUCAUCACUAGUGCAUUAAAAACACUGCAGGAUUCCUGUGAUGAUAUUUUAUCUCCAAACUGGAUAGAUGCACUUCUUAAAGGGAAAUGUGACCUUCCUUCUCUGACAGAUGAAGAAAAAUCUGUCAUUUCCAAGUUUUGUGUGAACGAGUCGUUGGCAGAGACGUUUCUGAAAGCGGUUUUGGAGAUCAACGCGGAGAAAGAGUCUAUGGGACAUGAACUCCUGCAGUCUCUCUGUAGGGUUUAUGUGGGAUUGUGUCAAAAGAGAGGAGACUCUCAUAAAGCACAUGCCCUCGCCUACAGAUUUCUUAAAGAAGACUUUUCUCAAGCCCCAAAACUGAUAAUGGUCAUGGUGACAGCAUGGCCAAGUGUUUUCUCCUGUAACAGCCCUUUAUGCAGAGCCGUUCACAUCGUGUGCAAAAUGAAGGCAUAUGGAAAGAUUUAUUACUUGCUCAGCAAAUAUCUGCACUGGGAUACAGAGCCUCCUGGAGACAUCUACAGAGCCAUCACCAGCACACUGAAGGCUCUUCUGAAAGACAAAAGUCUGACUUUCCAGAAGAGCAGGUGGUAUGGUGAUGAUCUCUGUCCUGCUGCCUGGGACUACGUAUUCAGCCUGGACCUUCUCUGUGCACAACUGGGCUGGAUUUGGACCGUCUCCCAUGUUAUACGAAAAAGUGUGUGGCUCAUUUUGAAUACUUGGCUGAAACAAACACAAACAGAGGAAACAAAGUUCAGAAACGUCUCUGUAGCAGCAAUAUUCAGGCUACUUGGGCGACUUGGCCAACAAGGCCUUAAGGAGAACGUGGCAACAUCAGUUGAGGAUCUAACAAAAAGCGUUACUGAGUUCAGGAGACAAAAAGAUUUGCCGUGGGAGCUGCAGCUCGCAGUGGUUUAUGCCACUCAUGAUCUGGCACCCAGCAACCCCAAAGUCGCUCUGAACGCUUUGGAAUCGUGGAAAAAAGACCUCAUAAAGCCCGUUCCUCCAGCCGUCACCAAGUGCCUUCAGCAGAUCAGCUUUCUCCGUUCAACUGUGACUCGCCGUGUGGAACUGAUUGACAAAGAUAUAGCCAGCCAAAUAAAGUCCAAGUUAUAUUCACUAAUACUGGAUGAAGGCAACGACAUAAAAGACAAUGCUCAGCUCCUAAUUUUCAUCCGAGGGAUUAAUGAUAGUUUUGAGAUAACGGACGCUAAAAGGUUUUUGAGCAUGGAGUCCCUAAAGGGAACAACUUGGGGAGAGGAUUUUUAUAACACAGUGUCUGCUGCCAUGGAGAGACAUAAGAUAACUUGA